CGGGCGCCGGAAGCCGGAAGUCGGGCGCCGGAAGCCGGAAGCGGGCGGUGAGGACGUGGUCGGCGGCGGUGGAGUCCUGAGCCGGACGCGGUUCGGCCGGCGUUAUGGAGCCGCUGUACCAGCAGACGCUCAAGCAGAUCCUCGAGAUCCAGUCCAGCAUGGGGCGCCUGGAGACGGCCGACAAGCAGUCUGUGCACCUUGUGGAAAAUGAAAUCCAAGCAAACAUAGACCAGAUCUUCAGCCAUCUCGAGCGUCUGGAGAUUCUGUCCAGCAAGGAACCCCCUAACAAAAGACAGAACGCCAAACUCCGAGUGGACCAGUUAAAGUACGAUACCCAGCACCUGCAGACCGCGCUGAGGAACUUCCAGCACCGGCGCUACGCGAGGGAGCAGCAGGAGAGGCAGCGGGAGGAGCUUCUGUCUCGCACCUUCACCACCAACGACUCUGACACCACCAUCCCCAUGGACGAGUCUCUGCAGUUUAACUCCUCCCUCCAGAAAAUCCACCACGGCAUGGACGACCUCAUUGGUGGCGGCCACAGUAUUCUGGAGGGACUGAGGGCCCAGAGGCUGACCUUGAAGGGGACGCAGAAGAAGCUCCUGGACAUCGCCAACACGCUGGGCCUGUCCAACACGGUGAUGCGGCUCAUCGAGAAGCGGGCCUUCCAGGACAAGUACUUCAUGGUCGGCGGCAUGCUGCUCACCUGCCUCAUCAUGUUCCUUGUGGUGCAUUACCUGACCUGAGCUUGCCCGGCCUGUGCGGACCGCCUCCCCUGGGUGGGGUGCGGGUCUGUGUGUGAGUGUGUGUGCCUGAGGGGAGGGCGGGGGGCUGAGGCCCGCCUUCGGAACUGCUUGACUGUCCCAAACCGAGGCCACUCGGAAGGAAUUGUGAUCUGUAACCUCGGGGGACGUUUCCAUCUCUGUUCUCUGCCGUCUCGGAGGGGACUCGAGGCCACCAAGGUCACGGAGCUUAGGGAACGAGAGGACAUCCCCCUUCUCUCCCUCACACCCCGCCAGGGCAAGGAGGAGUGUGAGGGCCAGGGAGGAAGGAAGGGGAGGAGCAAGGCCUGUCCACGUAGCCGGUGCACGCUCGCCCGCCUCUCCGGCUCCUCGGACGCCCGCACUCCGGCUGCUCGCCACCCCGCUGCGGCACCCCGGGUGGCUUGCAGCGGGCAGAAGUUCAUUCCUCUUCCGUGGAAGCCGCUGCCUGGAAGCAAGCAGGCGUUGCCGCCGUUGCUGACCAGGGAGGAGGAAGACUUCCCACGUUGCGUUUUGUGGACGUUGCUCCCUUCUCGGGAGAAGCAGCUGUUCUUCCCCGGGAGCCUUCCCCUCCCCCCUCCCCCAAACCUCCCAGUAAUGGGUGGCCUGGUUGGCUCUUCACAUUCCCUGGCCCGCCCCCCAGUCCAGCCCAGGUCCCGGUGGGCCUUGGAGCAAAGGUCGGUGGCGAGUCCGUUGCGUCACACCCCCAGAGUAGCCUCCCUCCGACUUUGCCUCUUCCCUGCCUUGGACUCAGAGCUGCCACUGGCCCGGCCGAGCCCUGGUUGCCCAGGGCAGGUGAGCACAGGCCACCCAGGGGUGGGCCCGGUGUGGAGGCUUCUCUGGAGACUGGCACUCUCCUCCUCUGACCGGCCCUGGGUUUGGCUGGCCGAGGCCUGUGCCUGUGGUUGGGUACUGGAGGCCUGGUUAGCGUGUUUGCUCUCCCUUAGGCCCCGCCAGCCCUGGACUUGGGAGCCUCGUGGCCCAGAAGAGCGCGAGACCGAGUCUCCCAGGAGGGCAGGGAGCCCCACCACACCUUGUGCUCUCCUGCCCGCCCCCUUCCUCGGUCUGUCCCCACGUCCUCCCCCACCCAGGCCUGCAGUGAAUGUCUCCAUAUGCGUUUUCUGUGGACCAGAGUUUACUUUUCUGGGUAGAAUCUCCGUUCUGUGGCUCUUACCCCUCUGGAUGCACCGGGGGCCCCAAGUUUCCUAGGAAGAGGGAACCCUAAAGGGCGUGAGGCUGAGUGUGGGUGAGAGCCCACAGACGGGCUUCUCGGGGCCAGAUGUGAGUUUGGGAAGCAGCUUGGAGCGUUCCCCAUGCCUGUGUCCUCCCACACUCAGCAGUUGAUAAGUGGGCUUUUAACUGCAGGUCUGGCUGAGCUGGGAGCUGGGGGGCGUGGGUAGGUGGUUAGGUGGGUGAUCUGGCAGUCCUGGGAGCUUGCUCUGUGUGUGUGUGUGUGUGUGUGUCUGUCCUGGGAGCUUGCUCUGUGUGUGUGUGUGUGUGUGUCUGUCUGUCUGUCUGUCUGUCUCCUGGGAGCUUGCUCUGUGUGUGUGUGUGUGUGUGUGUGUGUGUCUGUCUGUCUGUCUGUCUGUCUGUCUCCUGGGAGCUUGCUCUGUGUGUGUGUGUGUGUGUGUGUGUCUGUCUGUCUGUCUGUCUGUCUCCUGGGAGCUUGCUGUGUGGCUGUGUGUGUGUCUGUGUCUGUGUGUGUGUGUGUGUGUGAGAGAGAGACAGAGAGAGACAGAGAGAGAGACAGAGAGAGAGACAGAGAGAAAUGUAUCAGAUAUUGGACUGUGCGUGCGUGUGUCUGGGCUGGCCUUUCUAGUGAGCAGUGACCCAGCGGGCCAGGACAAGACUGUCCUUUGAAUUCCCCUUUACGGACUGAUGCACACUUCAAGUCCCCAGGGGGAACUGGUGGUCAUGGUGCCAUAAGCAUAUCUGAAAAUAUGCAGCUAUGGGCCACGGGCGUGUGCCCAAGGGUGCCUCCACAUCUGCCCCCAGAGCCCCAGGAACCCCCUGGGCCCAAACCUGGUGCCGUUGCUCCCCCUUCCGGCUGGAGGGAAGAGCCCAGCGGGGCCAGAGGAGCGCCCUCUAGUGGGCUUGCUGUAGGUAGCCUCUGCUGUGUAGCACCCCUCCUCCCCAGGUUGGGGACCUCUGCGGUGGGUGGGUUUCCCCGGGAAUGCGGGAACCCCUUCAGUCCGAGUACACCGAUCACUCACCUGUGGCCACUUUAGGAACAGCCAGACGGCAGGGGGCGUCGCUGUGGUUCUCGCUGUCCUGUAGCCCCGUUGAGUUUCUGUGGGUCUCAUUUGGGAAUUUGGAUUCAUCACAUCGUUUUUGAAGCACAUUGAAUAAAAUUGAGAUUUAUUUUUAUGUAGAAAAUUA